AUGGAAGAAUAUAAUCUGAAUCAAGGUCCAGAGACCCUGCCUCGCCUGGCCCUUGACCUGUUGGUCAUUGUGGUAUCCUCCUUGUCUCUGCCUUUAUCACCAAAUGAUAAUUGCGCUUGGCUCCUUGCUGCCCCUCAUCCCUGUGCCUUCUUGCCACACCACUCAGCACAGAAACCCCACAGGCUGCUCAGGACGGUCCCUCCUUCCUCUGUGGACCACCUCUUCCCGUUAAAUCCCCCUGCAGAGAUUACCAUGGAAAUUGAAAAGGGAGGAUGCGGGGACCCUGGCGUCCCUGCCUACGGGAAGCGGACGGGCAGCAGCUUCCUCCAUGGAGACACGCUCACCUUUGAGUGCCAGGCAGCCUUCGAGCUGGUGGGGGAGAGGGUUAUCACGUGUCAGCAGAACAACCAGUGGUCUGGCAACAAGCCCAGCUGUGUAUUUUCAUGUUUCUUCAACUUUACGGCGUCAUCAGGAAUCAUUCUCUCACCAAAUUAUCCAGAGGAAUAUGGGAACAACAUGAACUGUGUUUGGUUGAUUAUAUCUGAGCCGGGAAGCAGAAUUCACCUCAUCUUUAACGAUUUUGAUGUGGAACCUCAGUUUGACUUCCUGGCGGUCAAAGACGAUGGGAUUUCUGAUAUAACAGUCCUCGGGACUUUCUCUGGCAAUGAGGUGCCCUCCCAGCUGGCCAGCAGUGGGCACAUAGUUCGCUUGGAGUUUCAGUCCGAUCACUCCACCACCGGCCGAGGGUUCAACAUCACUUACACCACAUUUGGUCAAAAUGAGUGUCACGACCCUGGCAUUCCCAUAAAUGGACGGCGUUUUGGUGACCGGUUUCUUCUUGGGAGUUCAGUGUCUUUUCACUGUGACGAUGGCUUUGUGAAAACCCAGGGGUCAGAGUCCAUAACCUGCAUCCUGCAGGACGGAAACGUUGUCUGGAGCGCCACCGUCCCCCGCUGUGAAGCCCCGUGCGGUGGACACCUGACAGCCUCCAGCGGAGUCAUUUUGCCUCCUGGGUGGCCAGGAUAUUAUAAAGAUUCUUUAAACUGUGAAUGGAUAAUUGAAGCAAAACCAGGACACUCUAUCAAAAUAACUUUUGAUAGGUUUCAGACUGAGGUCAACUAUGACACCCUGGAAGUCAGAGACGGGCGGGCCAGCUCGUCCCCGCUGAUCGGCGAGUACCACGGCACGCAGGCCCCGCAGUUCCUCAUCAGCACGGGGAACUUCAUGUACCUGCUCUUCACCACCGACAACAGCCGCUCCAGCGUCGGCUUCCUCAUUCACUAUGAGAGUGUGACUCUGGAGUCAGACUCUUGCCUGGACCCGGGGAUCCCUGUGAAUGGUCGUCGGCAUGGCAGUAACUUUGGCAUCCGGUCUACGGUGACUUUCACCUGUGACCCCGGAUACACGCUCAGUGAUGAUGAGCCGCUUGUCUGUGAGAGGAACCAUCAGUGGAACCACGCGUUACCCAGCUGUGAUGCCCUCUGUGGAGGCUACAUCCAUGGAAAGAGUGGAACAGUCCUUUCUCCUGGGUUUCCAGAUUUUUACCCAAACUCUCUAAACUGCACAUGGACCAUUGAAGUGUCUCAUGGAAAGGGAGUUCAGAUGAUCUUCCACACCUUUCACCUCGAGAGUUCCCACGACUAUCUGCUGAUCACAGAGGAUGGGAGUUUCACGGAGCCCGUGGCCAGGCUCACUGGGUCAGUGUUGCCUCACACCAUCAAGGCGGGUCUGUUUGGAAACUUCGCUACCCAGCUUCGGUUUAUAUCAGACUUUUCCAUCUCCUACGAGGGCUUCAAUAUCACAUUCUCAGAAUACGACCUGGAGCCGUGCGAUGAUCCCGGUGUCCCUGCCUUCAGCCGAAGAAUCGGAUUUCACUUUGGCGUCGGGGACUCUCUGACCUUCUCCUGCUUCCCGGGGUACCGCUUAGAAGGUGCAACCAAGCUUACGUGCCUGGGUGGGGGCCGCCGUGUGUGGAGUGCACCUCUGCCAAGGUGUGUGGCUGAAUGUGGAGCAAGUGUCAAAGGAAAUGAAGGAACAUUACUGUCUCCAAAUUUCCCGUCAAAUUAUGAUAAUAACCAUGAAUGUAUCUAUAAAAUAGAAACAGAAGCUGGCAAAGGGAUCCAUCUCAGGGCACGGAGCUUCCAUCUGUCUGAAGGAGACAUUCUAAAGGUGUACGAUGGAAAAGAUAGUUCAUCACGCCCACUGGGGGCCUUCACGAAAAACGAACUAAUGGGGAUCAUCCUAAACAGCACUUCGAAUCACCUGUGGCUGGAAUUCAACACCAAUGGAUCUGACACCGACCAAGGUUUCCAGCUCACCUACACUAGUUUUGACCUGGUAAAAUGUGAGGACCCAGGAAUCCCCAACUAUGGCUACAGGAUCCGAGACGAAGGCCACUUCACCGACACCGUGGUUCUGUACAGCUGUAACCCAGGGUAUGCCAUGCACGGCAGCAACACACUGACCUGUCUGAGUGGCGACCGGAGAGUGUGGGACAAGUCGUUGCCUUCCUGCGUAGCGGAGUGUGGUGGUCAGAUCCACGCUGCCACUUCAGGGCGUAUCUUGUCUCCUGGUUACCCAGCCCCCUACGACAACAACCUCCACUGCACGUGGAUCAUAGAGGCGGACCCAGGAAAGACCAUCAGUCUUCACUUCAUCGUGUUUGACACUGAGAUGGCUCACGAUAUCCUGAAGGUCUGGGACGGCCCCGUGGACAGCGACAUCCUGCUGAAGGAGUGGAGUGGCUCCGCGCUCCCCGAGGACAUCCACAGCACCUUCAACUCGCUCACCCUGCAGUUCGACAGUGACUUCUUCAUCAGCAAGUCGGGCUUCUCCAUCCAGUUCUCAACAUCAAUCGCAUCCACCUGCAAUGAUCCAGGUAUGCCUCAAAAUGGUACCCGCUAUGGGGACAGUAGAGAGCCUGGAGACACGAUCACCUUCCAGUGUGACCCUGGAUAUCAGCUCCAAGGACAAGCUAAAAUCACCUGUGUGCAGCUGAAUAACCGAUUCUUUUGGCAACCAGACCCUCCUACAUGCAUAGCUGCCUGUGGAGGGAAUUUGACUGGCCCAGCUGGUGUCAUUUUAUCACCUAACUACCCACAGCCUUAUCCUCCCGGGAAGGAAUGUGACUGGAGAAUAAAAGUGAACCCUGACUUUGUCAUUGCCUUGAUAUUCAAAAGUUUCAACAUGGAGCCCAGCUAUGAUUUCCUACAUAUCUAUGAAGGAGAGGAUUCCAACAGCCCUCUGAUUGGAAGUUUCCAGGGCUCCCAAGCCCCAGAAAGAAUAGAAAGUAGUGGAAACAGUCUUUUUCUGGCAUUUCGGAGUGAUGCCUCUGUGGGCUUGUCGGGGUUCGCCAUUGAAUUUAAAGAGAAGCCCCGGGAAGCCUGUUUUGACCCCGGAAAUAUAAUGAAUGGGACAAGAAUUGGGACAGACUUCAAGCUUGGCUCGACAGUUAAUUACCAGUGUGACUCUGGCUACAAGAUUGCUGAGCCCUCAUCCAUCACGUGUGUGAUCGGAGCAGAUGGAAAGCCUGCCUGGAACCGCGUCCUGCCCUCCUGCAAUGCUCCCUGCGGAGGCCAGUACACUGGAUCGGAAGGGGUAGUUUUGUCACCAAACUACCCUCAUAAUUACACAGCUGGUCAAAUAUGCCUGUAUUCAAUAACAGUGCCAAAGGAAUUUGUGGUGUUCGGACAGUUCGCCUAUUUCCAGACAGCGCUGAAUGACUUGGCAGAAUUAUUUGACGGAACACACCCACAGGCCAGACUCCUCAGCUCGCUCUCUGGGUCCCAUUCAGGUGAAACGUUGCCUCUGGCUACAUCAAAUCAAAUUCUGCUCCGAUUUAGCGCAAAGAGCGGAGCGUCUGCCCGAGGCUUCCACUUCGUCUAUCAAGCUGUCCCUCGGACCAGUGACACCCAGUGCAGCUCUGUCCCCGAGCCCAGAUAUGGAAGGAGAAUUGGCUCUGACUUUUCAGCAGGCUCCAUUGUUCGCUUUGAGUGUAACGCAGGAUACCUCCUUCAGGGCUCCAUGGCCAUCAGCUGUCAAUCGGUGCCCAACGCUCUCGCGCAGUGGAACGACACGAUCCCGAGCUGUGUAGUCCCCUGCAGUGGCAACUUCACUCAGCGCAGAGGUACCAUUUUAUCCCCCGGCUACCCUGAACCAUAUGGUAACAACUUAAACUGUAUCUGGAAAAUCAUAGUCACAGAGGGAUCAGGAAUUCAGAUUCAAGUCAUCAGUUUUGCCACGGAGCAAAACUGGGACUCUCUUGAGAUUUACGAUGGCGGCGACAUGACUGCGCCGAGACUGGGAAGUUUUUCAGGUACCACAGUACCAGCGUUACUGAACAGCACCUCCAAUCAACUCUACUUGCAUUUCCAGUCUGAUAUUAGUGUGGCAGCUGCUGGUUUUCACCUGGAAUACAAAACUGUAGGUCUUGCUGCAUGCCAAGAGCCAGCCCUUCCCAGCAACGGCGUCAAAACAGGAGACCGAUACAUGGUGAAUGAUGUACUCUCCUUUCAGUGCGAGCCGGGGUACACCCUGCAGGGCCGUUCCCACAUUUCUUGUAUGCCUGGUACUGUUCGUCGCUGGAACUACCCGUCUCCUCUCUGCAUUGCGACCUGCGGAGGGACACUGAACAGCAUGGGCGGUGUGAUCCUGAGUCCGGGGUUCCCAGGAGCGUACCCCAACAACCUGGACUGUACCUGGAGGAUUGCGCUGCCCAUUGGCUAUGGUGCACAUAUUCAAUUUCUGAAUUUUUCUACUGAAGCUAAUCACGACUACCUUGAAAUUCAGAAUGGACCUUACCACACCAGCCCUAUGAUAGGGCAGUUCAGUGGCACCGACCUACCCUCGGCAUUGCUAAGUACAACACAUGAAACACUCAUCCACUUUUACAGUGACCAUUCACAAAACCGGCAGGGAUUUAAACUCGCUUACCAAGCCUAUGAGUUACAGAACUGCCCAGAUCCACCUCCUUUUCAGAACGGGUAUAUGAUCAACUCAGAUUACAGCGUGGGACAGUCGAUAUCUUUUGAGUGUUAUCCUGGGUACAUUUUAAUCGGCCACCCGGUCCUCACCUGUCAGCACGGGAUCAAUAGAAACUGGAACUAUCCUUUUCCAAGAUGUGAUGCUCCUUGUGGAUACAAUGUAACAGCUCAGAAUGGCACCAUUUACUCCCCUGGAUUUCCGGAUGAGUACCCGAUUUUGAAGGACUGCAUUUGGCUUAUCACUGUGCCCCCUGGUCACGGAGUCUACAUCAACUUCACCUUGCUGCAGACCGAAGCUGUUAAUGACUACAUCGCUGUUUGGGAUGGUCCUGAUCAGAAUUCACCGCAGCUGGGAGUUUUCAGUGGCAACACAGCCCUGGAAACAGCAUAUAGCUCCACCAAUCAGGUUCUGCUCAAGUUUCACAGUGACUUUUCAAAUGGAGGUUUCUUUGUCCUCAAUUUUCACGCAUUUCAGCUCAAGAAGUGUCAGCCUCCCCCAGCAGUUCCACAGGCAGAAAUGCUUACUGAGGAUGAGGACUUUGAAAUAGGAGAUUUCGUGAAGUACCAGUGCCACCCUGGGUACACGCUGUCCGGCACCGACACGCUGACCUGCAGGCUCAGUUCCCAGCUGCAAUUCGAGGGUUCUCUCCCGACGUGCGAAGGGUCUUCCGGUCAGAGUCCCCUGUUAGUGGUCUUAAGUGGGAACCACACUGAGCAAUCAAAUUUUACAAGCAAGAGCAAUCAGUUAUUUCUCCGCUGGUCCACCGAUCAUGCCACCAGUAAAAGAGGAUUCAAGAUUCGUUAUGCAGCACCUUACUGCAGCUUGACCCAUACCCUGAAGAACGGUGGUGUUUUAAAUAGGACCACAGGCGCAGUUGGAAGUAAAGUGCAUUAUUUUUGCAAGCCUGGUUAUCGGAUGGUCGGCCAUAGCAAUGCAACCUGUCGACGGAACCCCGUUGGCAUGUACCAAUGGGAUUCCCUCACUCCAAUGUGCCAGGCCGUGUCCUGUGGAAUCCCAGAGGCCCCAGGAAACGGUUCUUUCACGGGGACUGAGUUCACGCUGGACAGUAAAGUGAUCUACGAAUGCAGCGAGGGCUUUAAGCUUGCAGCUAGCCAACAAGCAACAGCGGUGUGUCAAGAAGACGGCUUGUGGAGUAACAAGGGGAAGCCUCCUACGUGUAAACCGGUGACUUGCCCCGGCAUCGAGGCUCAGCUCUCAGAGCACGUCACCUGGAGACGAGUUUCGGGAUCACUGAAUGAGUAUGGAGCUCAAGUCGUGCUGAGCUGCAGCCCCGGGUAUUAUCUGGAGGGCCGGAGGCUCGUGCAGUGCCAAGCUAACGGCACGUGGAGCAUAGGGGAGGAGAAGCCGAGAUGUAGAGUUAUCUCAUGUGGAAGCCUGUCCUUUCCCCCAAAUGGGAACAAGAUUGGAACGUUGACAGUUUAUGGAGCCACAGCCAUAUUUACAUGCAACACGGGCUACACACUUGUGGGUUCUCACGUCAGAGAAUGCCUAGCAAAUGGACUCUGGAGCGGCGCCGAAACUCGAUGUCUGGCCGGCCACUGCGGUUCCCCGGACCCGAUCGUGAACGGUCACAUCAGCGGAGACGGCUUCAGUUACAGGGACACUGUGGUCUAUCAGUGCAAUCCUGGUUUCCGGCUUGUUGGGACGUCCGUUCGGAUAUGCUUGCAAGACCACAAGUGGUCAGGACAGACUCCAGUCUGUGUCCCCAUCACGUGUGGUCACCCUGGGAACCCUGCCCAUGGCUUCACUAACGGCAGUGAGUUCAACCUGAACGACGUUGUGAACUUCACCUGCAACACUGGCUAUUUGCUGCAGGGUGCUUCCCGAGCCCAGUGUCGGAGCAGCGGCCAGUGGAGCAGCCCUUUGCCCACGUGUCGAGUGGUGAACUGUUCCGAUCCAGGCUUUGUGGAGAAUGCCAUUCGUCACGGGCAGCAAAAUUUCCCUGAGAGUUUUGAGUAUGGAAUGAGUGUCAUGUAUCAUUGCAAGAAGGGAUUUUACUUGUUGGGAUCUUCUGCCUUAACCUGUACGGCUAACGGCUUAUGGGAUCGCUCUCUACCCAAGUGUUUGACUAUAUCAUGUGGACACCCAGGGGUUCCUGCCAAUGCUAUCUUAACUGGAGAACUGUUUACAUAUGGGGCCACAGUUCACUACUCAUGCAAAGGAAGCCGGAGUCUUGUAGGCAACAGCACUAGAGUUUGCCAAGAGGAUAGUCACUGGAGUGGAGCACUGCCCCAUUGUACAGGGAGUAAUCCUGGAUUUUGUGGUGAUCCGGGGACCCCAGCACAUGGGUCUCGGCUUGGGGAUGAGUUUAAGGCCAAGAGCCUUCUGCGCUUCUCCUGUGAGAUGGGCUACCAGCUGAGAGGCUCUCCCGAGCGAACGUGUUUGCUCAAUGGGUCGUGGUCUGGGCUGCAGCCCGUGUGUGAAGCUGUGUCCUGUGGGAAUCCGGGCACGCCCACCAACGGCAUGAUUGUCAGUAGCGAUGGCAUCCUGUUCUCCAGCUCGGUCAUCUACGCCUGUUGGGAGGGCUAUAAGACCUCGGGGCUGAUGACUCGGCACUGCACGGCCAAUGGGACCUGGACAGGCACAGCUCCGGACUGCACAAUUAUAAGCUGUGGCGAUCCGGGUACACUGGCCAAUGGCAUCCAGUUUGGGGCAGAUUUCACCUUCAAUAAGACCGUGAGCUACCAGUGUAACCCCGGCUACCUCAUGGAGCCCGUCACAUCCCCCACUAUCCGUUGUACCAAAGACAGUACGUGGAAUCACAGCAAGCCUGUCUGCAGAGCUGUCACGUGCAGUCCGCCUCCUCAAGUGCAGAAUGGAAAAGUGGAGGGAGCGGAUUUCCACUGGGGCGCCAGCAUAAGCUACAGCUGUGUGGACGGCUACCAGCCUUCUCAUGCCGCCAUCCUGUCCUGCGAAGGUCGUGGGGUGUGGAAAGGGGAGAUUCCCCAAUGCCUGCCCGUGUUCUGCGGAGACCCAGGCACCCCUGCAGAGGGACGACUCAGUGGCAAGAGUUUCACCUAUAAGUCUGAAGUCUCCUUCCAGUGCAAAUCCCCCUUCAUACUGGUGGGAUCUUCCAGAAGAGUCUGCCAAGCUGACGGCACGUGGAGUGGCAUACAACCCACUUGCAUCGAUCCUGCUCAGAACACCUGCCCAGACCCUGGUACUCCACACUUUGGAAUACAAAAUAGCUCAAGAGGAUAUGAGGUGGGAAGCAUGGUGUUCUUCAGGUGCAGAAAAGGUUACCACAUCCAAGGCUCCACGACUCGAACCUGCCUGGCCAAUUUAACGUGGAGCGGCAUGCAGACCGAAUGCAUACCGCACGCCUGCAGACAGCCGGAAACACCAGCCCACGCGGAUGUGAGAGCCAUCGAUCUUCCUACCUUCGGUUACACUUUAGUGUACACCUGCCAUCCGGGAUUCUUCCUCGCGGGGGGAUCUGAGCACAGGACGUGCAAAGCAGAUAUGAAAUGGACAGGGAAAUCACCUGUCUGUAAAAUUCCUUCAGAUGUAUUUUUCAUCAAUUCAGUGUGGAAAGGAUAUUAUGAAUACUUGGGGAAAAGACAACCGGCAACUCUAACUGUGGACUGGUUCAAUGCAACAAGUAGUCAGGUGAACGCGACCUUCGCUGAAACCUCUCAGGUGGAGCUGAGACUGACAGGCGUUUACAAGAAGGAGGAGGCCCACUUACUUCUGAAAGCUUUUCAGAUUAAAGGUCCGGUAGAUAUCUUUGUCAGCAAGUUUGAAAACGACAACUGGGGACUCGAUGGUUAUGUAUCAUCAGGACUUGAAAGAGGAGGAUUUACUUUUCAAGGUGAUAUACACGGAAAAGACUUUGGAAAAUUCAAGCUUGAAAGACAAGAUCCCUUAAGCUCUGAUCAAGAUUCUUCAAAUCAUUAUCACGGCACUAGUAGUGGCUCUGUCGCAGCUGCCAUUCUGGUCCCAUUCUUUGCUCUAAUUUUAUCAGGGUUUGCAUUUUACCUCUACAAACACAGAACAAGACCAAAAGUUCAAUACAAUGGCUAUGCCGGACAUGAAAACAGCAAUGGACAAGCUUCAUUUGAAAACCCCAUGUAUGAUACAAACUUAAAACCCACAGAAGCGAAGGCUGUGCGGUUUGACACAACCCUGAACACAGUCUGCACAGUGGUAUAGCCUUCAGUGCCCGACGGACUGAUUCAUAGCCAUACCUCUGACGGACGAGCAGGAGUCCUUGGUGCCAUAUAUCACUCUCCCCUACUCUUGGCUUUGCUGCAGCAACCUUUCACAUCUUCUACUGGCAUACACGCAGCGGGAAUUUCCAGUCUAACGUGCCGGAGUCUUCUGAGGAUCGAACUCCAAGUCUCUCUUCAGCCUGAAAGUGGAUUCUAAGUGCCCGGCUGCAGCUGCUUGUAACAAAGGCACACUUCGGGAAGA